UCACUAACCGUAUAACAAACACAUAGUAUUCCUUUAAGCUCAUGGACUUCUAUUUUUCUCAAAAUUCAAACUGUACGAGAUCUUCCGCAAGCGAUAUUCCUGCAAAAUCGAUCAUGAAGGUUGCUAAAUCACAGACUGAAACCAGGAGCUCCAAGCUCUCUUUGAACAAGAUGCCUGCUAAGGUUGGCAAACCUGCUGCUACGGAUCCAAAGAAACCAAAGAGGCCAGGAGGGCUUCCGCCAGACUUACAAGAAGGAACAUCCCAAUAACAAAUUUGUGGCUGCUGAGAAGGCUCCCUACGUGGCUAAAGCUGACAAGCGCAAAGUUGAAUACAAGACGAACAUGGAGGCAUACAACAAGGAAUUGAUAUGUUUUGGUUUUGAGUAGAAACAUAACUAAAUUUUAAAUGGGGAGGUGAUUAUUCAACAAUGGUAGUGGUUAUGUGUUGGCAGGAGCGGACCCAUAAAUUUAUAUAACACGGGGCACAAAAUGUUAUAAACAUUUAGUAUAUGGAUUUUUAAAUACAAAGCAUGUAGCACAUACUGUAAAAACACAUUAAACUAAAUUUACUAUAAUAAAUUUUGUACCAAAGGUUUUAUAAAAAAUAAUUAGUAUGAGGCCCAUGCCACACCCUUUCCUUGGCUGGGUCUGCCUCUGUGUGUUGGUGUUUCCAGGAGGAAGGUACAAAAGAGAACAAGGAGUCCGUUAAG